AUGAGAAGGGGAUGCAACGGGAGCCAGGACGCUAAUGAGCACACUGGUGCCAGCAGGAGGACGGGCCGCUACGAGAACAAUAACGGCAACGAGAACACGAGCGCCAAAAAUAACACGGGUUGCAACACAGACGCCGGCAAGAACACGGGCCACAACGAGAUCACGAGCGCCAGCGAAGGGGAGGACACCAAUAAGAACACGAGCGCCAACAAGAUCACGGCGCCAAGGAGAACACGGACACCAGAGAGGGCCCUGUGCUACAGAGAACACGGAUGUCACGAAGAGCACGGGAGCCAACGGGAGCGUGAACGCCAACGAGAACACGGGCGACACAGAGAACCCGGCAACCUCGGGGAACACGGACGCAAACGGGGGCACGGACGCCAGCGAGAUCACGAGCGCCAAUGA